AUGAAGCACAUCACAGAUACAGGAGCUCAAUACGUCGCUACUGUAUUACGAAAUAACACGACACUCAUCGAGCUGGACCUUCAGCAAAAUCGCAUCGGAGAUACACUCACCAAACUGAACCUUCACUGCAAUCGAAUCGGAACUCCUGGAGCUCAAUAUCUCGCUGAAGCCUUACGACAUAACGAAACACUCACCGAGCUUUAUUUUGCCCAAAGUUCAAUCGGAGAUGUUGGAGCACAAUAUAUCGCUUAUGCUCUACGAGAUAACAAGGCACUAACCAGGCUCAUCCUUGGACGUAAUCAAAUCAGAGAUGCUGGAGCUCAAUAUCUGGCUGAUGCACUACGGCAUAACAAGGCACUCAUCCAUCUGAGCCUUGGUGACGAUCCAAUCGGAGACGCUGGAGCUCAAUGUUUGGCUGACGCACUACGGCAUAACAAGACACUCACCGAAUUCAGGUUUAAUAGCGAUCAAAUUGGAGCUACUGGAGCUCAAUAUCUCGCUGAUGCACUACAAGAUAACAAGACACUCACCAAACUGAGCGUCGGGGGCAAGCAAAUAGGAGCUGUUGGAGCUAAAUAUUUCGCUGAUGCAUUACAAAAUAACGAGACACUCAAACGGUUCUACCUUCAGGACUCCAACAUCGGAUAUGCUGGUGCUCAAUAUCUCGCUGAUGCACUACGGCAUAAUAAGACACUCUGGACAUUGUUGAUCUCCCGUAUGAACAAUAUUUCUUCAUCACUUUUAGAAAAAUUGAAGCAACAAGACUCACGAUUCACCUAA